AUGACUGAUGUGCCCUCCACAUAUGUAGUCAAAACCCUAACUUCCUCCUCUCCCGGUGUGAGUCUCCCCGACCCCAAAACUGUUGAAUUCAUUGUAGGAUUGAAAACAAAACAGAAGAUGAUGCCAUCAUCUAAAGGUCGGAUUUUUUUUAAGUUUUUAGGCAAGUCGGAGCUCUAUGAGUCUACUACAACAACUAUACUACGCCGUUUUUCUUCCUUGAGAGAUUUCAAUGCUAAUAAUGGUGAAGAUGAUGAUGGUAGAUACAGCAACAACUAUCAGAACCCUCCCGAACCAAUACCCAAUAGGCCUUUGAGGGGAGGGAGAUCAUUUAAUCAUCAUAAUCCGCCUCAAAACUCUUCUCACACUCACUUCAAUAACACUAACAGAGCUCGCCCUCAACCAUCCAAGGUUGCCGAUGAUGUUCAAUCAAACGAGAAUUUCUUAGAAAAAUUCAAACUUUCUGUUGAGAAGAAGGCAGAAAAGCCCUCACAAAAUGAUGCACCAACAGCAACACAACACAAGAAUGAUCCUCCCCAAGACGCGGACGAGAUCUUCAAGAAAAUGAAGGAAACGGGUCUCAUUCCAAAUGCUGUUGCUAUGCUUGAUGGACUCUGCAAAGACGGUCUUGUCCAGGAAGCAAUGAAACUGUUUGGUUUGUUGCGCGAAACAGGUACCAUUCCUGAAGUUGUUAUUUACACUGCUGUUGUUGAUGGCUUUUGCAAGGCUCAUAAAUUAGAUGAUGCAAAGAGGAUUUUUAGGAAAAUGCAGACCAAUGGCAUCUCUCCAAAUGCCUUCAGUUAUGGUGUGUUAAUUCAAGGUUUAUGUAAUGCUAACGAGUUAGAAGAUGCUAUUGACUAUUGUAUUGAAAUGUUAGAAGCUGGUCAUUCUCCGAAUGUUACAACUUUUGUUGGAUUAGUUGACGGGUUGUGUAGGAAGAAAGGUGUUGAAGAAGCUCAGAGUGCUAUUGAAACAUUGAGACAGAAGGGAUUUCUUGUUAAUGAUAAAGCUGUUAGAGAAUACUUGGACAAAAAAGCUCCUUUUUCAUCAUCAGUUUGGGAAGUAAUCUUUGGGAAGAAAUCCUCUGAGAAACCAUUUUAA